AUGGAGUCGUCGCUCCUCCACCUUCUUCUGCUCUCGUCCUUGCUUCUCGCCAUCGUCUCUGCGGUGGCCGCGCAGGGGGCCGUGCUAGACUCCGACGGCGAUGCGCUGCUCAGGGGGCGGCAAUACUACGCGCGGUCCAUUUACCGGGGGGGCCGCGGCGGAGGGUUGACGCUCGUCGCCGCCAACGAGUCCUGCCCCUCCCAUGUGGCCCAGGCCAGCCCCGUCAACCCGAACGGCCUCGCUCUCGCCUUCUUCCCGGAGAACUUCACCGCUGGAACCAUCUCCACGGGGAGAACGCUGUACAUAAGGUUCGCGGCGGCCCCGCCGUGCUCGGGGGGGAGAUCCGCCCUCUGGCAGGUGCGCCAGAGCAGUAGGUACUUGACGACGGGGGGAUCGGAGUCGUCAGCAGUGGGCCCUCACAACAGCCGGUUCGCCAUCUACAGAGACAACUCUGCCCGGGGCUAUCAGAUUCAGCUGUGCCCCUGCAGCGCAGGCGUGGCCCGGCCAUCCUGCAGGCUAGGCUGCUUUGGGGCGUUGGGUGUGACGAGCGCAAGGCUUCUUAGCCUCAACGCUGGCAGCCGUCACAUUGUGACCUUUGUGAAGGCAAAGUGA